AUGUGCAUUCACCACAUUUCUGCCAUAGGAGUUCUUGCAAUGGAUGAGGAUAAUUUAUUGCAAUUUCUUAACUAUUUUCAAGUACUUGGGCUAGGAUUGUAUGCCAUAUGGAAAAGAAACAAAAGAAAACGUUGGAUUAAUAGAAGAUGGUGGGUGCGACCCAUAAACGAAAGACGAGGCCAAAAUGGUGAUUUCGCAACUCUGUUUGCGGAGUUGAAGGAAGAUCCUGAUCUCUUCUUCCGAUACACACGAAUGGAUGUCGACACGUUUUACGAGCUUCUAGACAUGGUGCGACCGUAUCUACAAAAAACAAGUCUAAGAAAACCAAUUUGUCCAGAACAGCGGCUUGCGAUUACACUCAGAUAUCUGGCGACUGGCGACCAAGUACUUUCAGUAGCUCUCGCGUAUAGAAUAGGAGAGUCUACUGCUUAUAAAAUUAUAAAAGAGACGUGUGAAGUUAUUGCCAAUAUUUUACUUGGAGUAUAUAUAAAAGUUCCUUCAGAAGACGAAUGGAAACAUAUAAGCAGGAAUUUUUAG